CCAUUCUCCAUCAUUCAUAAUUUUCGAAUCCGCUGGACAGUCGCGUAGCCUCACAGUCACACAGAGUCGCGUGACAGAUAAAUGAACAUUGAAUACAGCUUUAACUGUGUAAUAGCAAGAUACCAUGAGUGUAAAUAUAAGCUUGGAUGACACACCUAUGGGCUCAAUAUAUUUUGAUGGCCCCAUUGAUGACAGGGAGGAAGAACUGGAGAGGGAACGAGAGCUAGAAGCUCAGGAGAUUCAUGGUGCUGCAGAAAAAGAAUUAGAAGAUUUUUUUAAUGAUUGUUCAUAUUCAGACAAUUCUACAAAGCACUUUUAUGUCUCAAAUCAUCCAAGCAGCAGAAAUGUCUCACAGGAUGAUGAGGAUGGUAGCCAUUUCUUUACCCCACCAUCAUCGCAAUCCGCAGACAAGGACUUGGACUUUGUGGACUUGGCGCUGGAGAGAUACCAGAGGAACGUGGAAGAGGUCAACAGGAUGACCAUAGAAAACCUGUGUGCUGAGUUAGGGGAGAUACACAGCAUGGAGAGGUCAGAGUUAGCUGAUCAUUACAAGCAAGAGAUACAGACAUUGAGACAGGAUCUGAAAUCUGCACUGACAGAUCUUGACAAGGUCAAGGCUAUGUAUGUCAGCUUGUGGGAGGAGACCAGAGUUCAAGAAGCGGAACUGAAAGCCAAGUUAGAUAAGCAGUGGGAAGAACAACGUCAGAAGGUUCUGGAAGUGAAACAAAAGUGCCAGGAAACACACCCAGGUAUGAUAGCUGCAGCUGUGACUGAGGCAAGGCAGGUCUGGUUGGCUGGAACUGAUCUAGAUUUAAAGAUUCAAGACUUAAAAGAAACAGUUGAAGAGCUCGGGUAUUUGCUUAAAAAGAAGGAUGAUCUUAUGAAAAUUGAUCAGGAAAGGGCUCUGAAAGAUUGUGAAAUGAAAGCAAAAUUAGAAAUUAAAAAGAUCUUGAAAGAAAAUGAGAUCAAAACAAAGCAAGAAUUAGAGAAGGCACUAAAAGAAAAAGAGCUGAUUGUCAAGUUGGAAUUAGAAAAGGUGUUGAAAGAAAGAGAAGCAAUAAAAACAGAACGAGAGGAAAUUCAAAACAGAUAUUUAAGUAAAGCUUUAAAGGAAUAUGAGAAAACCAUGAGAGAAUUACGCAGUAAUUACGAAAAUUUAAAGCUUGCACAUGCUAAAGAGAUUGAAAAACUCACCAAAGAAAAUGCAGAAUUGGAACAAAGGGUGUUAGCAAAGAAAAAUCGGAAUGCUUUAGAAACCAUGAUUGAAGAAGAAGUUGCUGAACGUGUGAAAAAAGAGGUUGAAAAGUUAAAAGUGGAAGUUGAAAAGAAAGUCACAGAGGUAAAUGAUGAUGAGGUAGAAAAAAAGGUCAAUGAAAGAAUACAGGAACUGCAUCUGGCAUGGCUGAAAGAGGCAGCAGAAUAUAUUCAAAAGGAGAUCCAGCUAGGUAUUGAAGAGGGGGUGAGAGAGGAAAGAAAGAAAAUGAAGGAAGAAAUUGAUAAGAAUAAAGAAACUAUGGAGAAAAAUAACAACAAGGAAGUGGAGAAAAAAGUUGAAGAAAAAAUUGCUGUGGAAUUGAGUCAGUUGAAUGAGCAGGUGUUGAAAGAGAAAACCAGGUUAGAACAGGAGGUCCUGGCAUGGCGGGAUGAAGCCAAGAGAAAAAUGGAAGCAAGCUUUGCCAGUAAGCUUGCGGCCAGCUUAGAGGAAAGAUUGAAAGAGGAGAAAAAGAGAAUGGAGGAUGGGACUAGAGAAAUACAGGAGGAAGAGGUGAGGAGAAUGAGUGAUGAAAUGAAGUAUAUGCUGAGACAGUUAAGGCAUUUAUCAAGCCUACAAGAAAGAACAAUAGAGAAAAAGAAGAUAGAACUACAGGAGGAAAUGAUGAAGUGUUUGAGAGACCAUGUAAGUAAGUGCAUACAGAGAAGUAUAUGGGGCCACGAGAUGGAGAGUGAAAACAAAGAGGUCAAGCUGAAAGAGCCAGAGGUCAAGCUGAAAGAGCCAGAGGUCAAGCUGAAAGAGCCAGGGGUCAAGCUGAAAGAGCCAGGGGUCAAGCUGAAAGAGCCAGGGGUCAAGCUGAAAGAGCCAGAGUUUACUGAAAGAAUGAAAACCGAAGCACAGUCUAAGUUCCAUGAUCCAGGAAGCAAUGCUAUUAUAGAGCAGAAAGAUCAGUACCGUGAGAAUGUGUCUAAAGUACAAGUUGAUGACUUGAUUCACAUUAAGGUAGCCACAAUUAAUGCUGAGAUCAUCAAGCGGAUGGUUAACUCUAUUAGGUCCAAGUAUAAGAGAAAUGUCAGAGUCCUUCUCUCUGGACAAGUUGAUGAGUCCACCAUUGAAGCAGUGGAACAAGCUAUUGAUAUUUUGGCAAAGAGGCUCAUUACAUGUUUAUGUACACCUAUAUCAGCAACUGUUGAAGAGUGUAAGACAAAGUUCAGAGUCCUUCUAUCUGGUCAAGUUGACGAUUGCACCUCCAAAGCUGUGGAACAAGCUGUGGAUACUUUGGCAAGGGUACUCAGUACAAGUGUAUUUACACUUUAUUCAGCAUCUUCCACUCCUAAAUCAACCCAGGAUGGCAAAAUACAUCACAUAUGCACAGGCAAACACUCAAAAAGAAAAACAAGGGCAUGUGAACAUCACAAGUUUGAUGUGGCAGAUCAUCAGGCUGAGAACCAACAUAGUCCACAACCAAAGGACAACAGCACAGGCAAGAAUCAUGAGCACCCACAACUGGAUAAGGUUGUUUUGUUAGAGGACACCUACCACACACCAUCCAGUUCUGACCAGUCGUCACCAGCAGUUCAAGCAAGGACAAUGGCCAGAACCAGACUACAUUUAGACUUACCAAAAAUUCUCUGGUUGCCCACUGUUAAUUUGUCCCCAUCAAGAACACCUGGUAAAAAUCCCAAAACAUCUCCCCAGCAUGAUAUGAAACUUUUGGAAGCCAAAGUAGGAACUACUGAUUGGGCAGUGCCCUGGAAACCUUCAGCUGUGGAGUUUUAAAAGGACCUAAAUUUUAAUUCUUACACCAGUUUAAGUGAGGUUCAUAGGAAUUUUACCAGCACUUCAGAAAAUAACGGAAAAUUUUCUGGAGUCAAAGAUCUGAAUAAGAAUGUAGGAGGAAACAAAGAUAGUGAGAGAUUUGUGGAUGAGGAAGGUUUUGUAAAACCAGGCUCUGGUGAAGAGAGGUGGCUCCGAAUGAACAGAGAGAAGCAGACGUCAACCAGAACGACUGGCCAAAGUGCAUUGGAACUCUACAGAAACGUGUGGGACAAGGGCCAGCUAUGAGUAUUUUUUUUACUCUUGUGCCUUGUGGUCUUAAACCAUUUGUUCCUUAUUUCAAUGUAUUGAAUGUAUAAUUUAUUGAUCAAAAAAUGUUUUAGUUCCUGAUUUCACAAAUACUUGCCCAUGAAAUGUAUUGAAUGUAUAAUUUAUUGAUGAAAAAAUGUUUUAGUUCAUGAUUUCACAAAUACUUGUCCAUGAAAUGUAUUGAAUGUAUAAUUUAUUGAUGAAAA